ACAUAAGAUAACAUAAGAGAAAAUCACCUGCAAAACAAAAAACAAGAACAAGCCGAAACUGGACUAGUUAUUGAACAAAUCCGUAGCCAUAUGACCAUCUCUAAAUUUACACACCCCUAACCCCAAGACCCUAAGCCUAGCUCAAGCUUAGCCUAUCAUCUUCUCUGGCCGCCCUUGUUUACUCUCCAAUCUCCAUCUUCUGUAACUCGCAUGGCGAUAAUUACUUACGCUUCAGUUCACCUCCCUUCUUCCUUUCAUGGAGAUGUUAUCCCAACCGCAUCUUCUUCCAUCUUUCCUUCUUCUCGUGGCUUUAGGAAAACUUCGCUUAUUUUUGCAAAGAGGUUGCUUGGACUGGAGGAGGCCAUGCGAAUUCGGAGGGAAAGAGAACGUCGAGAUUCUUAUGUAAAAAGACCACCGUUGAGGCGUGGCAGAGUAUCACCCUGUCUUCCCGUUCCUGAUCACAUACAAAAACCCCCUUAUGUUGGUCUUAAAUUGCCUGAGCUCUCGAAGGAAUAUCAGGUUCAUGAUUCUGAUGGUAUUGCUCGUAUGAGGGAAGCUGGCGAACUUGCAGCUCGUGUUCUGGAUUAUGCUGGAACUUUGGUUAAGCCAUCUGUAACAACUGAUGAAAUUGAUAAAGCAGUACACCAGAUGAUUGUUGAUGCUGGAGCUUAUCCCUCGCCUCUUGGUUACGGUGGUUUCCCAAAGAGCGUAUGUACUUCAGUUAACGAGUGCAUGUGCCACGGUAUACCUGAUUCUCGUCAGCUACAGGAUGGAGAUAUAAUUAAUAUUGAUGUCACCGUUUACCUGAAUGGUUAUCACGGAGACACAUCAAAAACUUUUUUGUGUGGCAAUGUCAGUAAUGAAAUGAAACGGCUUGUGAAGGUAACCCAAGAGUGUUUAGAAAAAGGGAUAUCUGUAUGCAAAGACAGUGUGAGUUUCAGAAAAAUUGGAAAGGUGAUCAGUGAGCAUGCGGAAAAGCAUAAUUAUGGAGUGGUGGAUCGUUUUGUUGGUCACGGUGUUGGAACUGUAUUUCAUUCCGAGCCAGUUAUCUACCAUCACAGAAACAACCGUCCGGGUGAAAUGGUUGAAGGUCUAACAUUUACCAUAGAACCGAUUCUUACACUGGGAAGCAUCGACUGUGUUACAUGGGGUGAUAAUUGGACUACUGUUACUGAUGAUGGCAGUCCUGCAGCGCAAUUUGAGCAUACCAUCUUGAUCACGAAGACUGGUGCUGAAAUCCUAACCAAGUAUUAAACCAAAUUUUUUACAGAGUGUAAGUUGCUUGUAUGUUUAUAAGCUCUCGUGUACAUAAUCUUUUAUUAUUAGAAGAUUUUGGAUAGGUCGGAAGAGGAUUUCUGCCUAGUGCUCAGGUACUAUUAAUAUUCUCCGAUUCUAGAUAUUAUUUAUUAUUCUGUGAGUAUCGGAACAUAUGAAACUCAGCUUCUGUACUUAAUUUCCCCCUACGAAAGAACAUUUCAUGUUGCAGUAUACGGAUAUGUAAGGCUAUAUACAACAUAUUCAAUCAGACAUUCUCCAUGUAAUAUCCAGAUAUGCUAUUAAUGGUUGUCAUUGUUC